GCUUGAGACUAGAGUGAUCCCUAAUCCCAAACCUUUUUAGAUGAUCUCUGCCAUCUCGAAAAAUCUCAUAGCUCUUGGUCCGGAGAAGACAAGCUCUUCCGUCAAAUCUUUUUCCCAGGGCACUAUUCGAAUGGCUCGUUCAGGGUUGGAUGAUAUAUUAGAAACUGGUGUUUUUAACCGUAGUCCAUCUACAUUCCGCAAUUUUAUCUCCAAGGAUCCAUCCUCUCCAUUUCCUGCUGAGUCUGGGAGAUACCAUCUGUACAUAUCAUAUGCUUGCCCCUGGGCAUCAAGGUGUAUUGCUUAUGUAAAUAUUAAGGGACUUCAGAAAGCCAUCAAUGUCACAUCGGUCCAACCCAAAUGGGGAAGAACGAAGGACACCGAUGAUCAUAUGGGAUGGGUCUUUCCUUCUUCAAGCACAGAAGUACCAGGCGCUGAACCCGAUCCAUUAAACGGGACGAAAAAUAUCAGAGAACUCUAUGAGCUUGCUAGUGCAAACUAUUCUGGAAAAUAUACUGUUCCUGUUUUAUGGGAUAAGAAAUUGAAAACAAUUGUGAACAACGAGAGUUCUGAGAUUCUCCGUAUGCUGAAUACUGAAUUCAAUGAAAUAGCAGAGAAUGCUAGUUUGGACCUUUAUCCUCCUCACUUACAAUCCCAAAUUGAUGAGAUUAAUGAAUGGGUAUAUGAUGGGAUAAACAAUGGUGUUUAUAAGUGUGGGUUUGCUACCAAGCAAGCAGCAUACGACGAGGCUGUGGUAAAAUUAUAUGAAGCAAUGGACAAAUGUGAGGAGAUACUCAGCAAGCAGCGUUAUUUAUGUGGGAAUACACUUACUGAAGCUGACAUUCGGUUGUUUGUCACUCUUAUAAGAUUUGAUGAGGUUUAUACUGUUCACUUCAAAUGCAACAAGAAGCAGCUACGUGAAUACCCAAAUCUGUUCAAUUACACCAAAGAUAUUUUUCAAAUUCCCGGCAUGAGUACCACUGUUAACAUGGAGCAUAUCAAGGGACACUACUAUGGAAGUCAUCCUACUAUUAACCUGUAUGGUAUAAUUCCUGUUGGUCCUAGUAUAGAUUAUACUACUCCACAUGAUCGAGACAGAUUCUCUUCUUAAAAGUAUAGUGUAUUUCUUUUUGUAAUUCUUUUGAGUGCAAAAGGUUUAUUUUCUUUGUUAUUUGCUACUUAAGACAGUAAGAAGAGGUCUUGACAUGCUGAAACUGUAAUAAACCUUGUCUUUGCUCUCUCAGUAAUGGUGGGAAGUAACCUUUCUAUCUACCAUUACACAGAGAUUGGUGAUUUCAUUUUUAACAGUUGA